CGUAUCUACUAGGCAAUUAUGAGUAGCACAUCCUGAUGCUCGAGGUCGAUGUUGCUUACCCCCCCAACUUGAACCCCUAUACGCUACACACCGAAGCUCAUGUUGGAAUAAAAGACUGUAGAGAUGGAUAUCCAAGUUCGAUCGCGGUCGUCGUCGUCGUCUACCGGCUGACUAACUCAAGUUACACAACCGCUCGCAACCUGCUUCGCACAAAAUACUUUGUACGAAGUACGAAGUGGCAAGUGCAAUAUUGACUUAUAGUUAUAAUCACACCACCAACAACCAUCACCAUUACCAUCACCACCACCUCCAUCACCAUGGCGCAAAACAUCUACGACCGCCAAGACUUCUUCGACGCCUACGCCAGGCUCAUCGACCGCUCCUCCAAGGACAUCGACGCCGACCCGGCCUGGAAACGCCUCGCGCCCCUCGUGCCCCCCGUUGCCGGCCUCGACGUCCUCGACCUCGGCUGCGGCAGCGGCUGGUUCUGCCGCUGGGCCGCCGCCCAGGGCGCGCGCUCCGUCCUCGGCGUCGACGUCUCCGAGAAGAUGCUCGCCAAGGCCCGCACCCUGGCAGCAUCAUCAUCGUCGUCGCCGUCGUCCGAGGUCAUCGAGUACCGCCGCGUCGACCUCGACGAGCUCGUCCUGCCCGACGCGGACGCCGGGCGCUACGGCCUCGUCUUUAGCUCCCUCUCGCUGCACUACCUCGCCGACCUGCCGCGCGUCGUGGCCCUCGCGCACCGUGCCCUCGCCCCGGGCGGCUUCUUCGUCUUCAACGUCGAGCACCCCAUCUACACGGCGCCGCGGAACCCGCGUGUCGCGCGCGCCGCUCCCGUUGCCGCCGCCGCUGAUGGUGACGAUGAUAAGAAGGAAGGUAUGUAUGAAUGAUGAUGAUGAUGGUGAUGACGCUACUACCAGCGAACGCACAAAGCUGACAGAGGGACAAAAGAAGGAGAGCUCUGCUGGCCCCUCACCGGCUACGGCGACGAGGGCGAGCGCGUCGUCGACUGGCUCGCCAAGGGCCUGCGCAAGUACCAUCGCUCCGUGACGGGGUACAUGGACGCGCUCCUGGCGCAGGGCUUCCUCUUGCGCGCCUUCAAGGAGUUCUUCCCCACCGAGGAGGAGUUGGCGAGCGGCAGGGCCGACGAGGUGCAGAAGCUGCGGCCCCUGUAUCUCAUCAUGAGCGUCCAGAAGCAGAUUUGAACGCAGAAACACCCAAGGGUGCAGUGAGAGGGUUGCUUUCGCCCGUGGCUACUCACGAAACGUGUGCCUGCGAUUUUUGUUUUCCUAAAAUGUUUGCUGCUGGCUGUGCUAUGCUCAAUCUGUGGCUUUUACCCG